AUGAAGCUGCGGCAGGCGACAUUUGUUUUACCGAAAACCGGUCAACGCUUGAGAGGUCUAGUUACUCUACGAAGCCCUCGUUCCCAACCGAAUGGCCACAAUGAUGAAGAACGCCGCGGGCUACUCUCUGGACAGUAUUCCGUGGGCCAUGAAGGGAUACCUUUACGCCUAUGGAGAAAGGUGCGAGAGGCAGAACUUUGGAUACAUCAAGUUAUUUCUACUGAGCUGGGAAUCGGGGUCCUGAAAUGCAGCCUAGCUUACUUGUUGGGAUCGCUUGCAACAUUCGUGCCAGCGAUUGCUUCGUGGCUAGGCCAUCAAGAUGGCAAGCAUGUUGUGGCCACCGUUACAGUCUACUUCCACCCAGCAAGGUCCCAAGGAAGCAUGUACAAGGCAUCAAUCUGUGCCUUCCUAGCAUUUCUUUACGCCGCCUUCAUUUCUUUGACAAGCAUGUGUGUCUCUAGAUUCUUUCAGGACACCCUUGACCUACUCCCACUCGGUCAUGCCAUAGUUCUUAUAGUCUUCUGUGGAGGUGGUUUAGGAUUUAUUGGAUGGACAAAACAAAGACUGGGCGACCCCCUUGUGAAUGUCGCCUGUUCCCUCGCUUCGCUGUCGUCCAUUACCGUUUUGACAAAAGAAGGCGCAGUACAGAAUGGGGACUUGUCGUUUGCUAAAAUUUUCCAGGUAUUGAAAAUGGUCGUAAUGGGCGUAGCUGCAGCCAUGGCUGUGUCAUUUACGAUAUUUCCAAUAUCAGCGCGGAAAAAACUACGGGCAAACCUCACUACGGUCACCGAGACGCUAGCAACGAUGCUAGCCUUGAUUACCGAGAGCUUCCUUACCGGAUCUGAAGAGGAACUUCAGACCGAAGAAUAUCUAAGUGCAGCUGCGCGCCAUAAGCAGGCAUACAGCCAGCUUGACAGACUGGUAAGAGAAGCGAAGCUGGAGCAUUUUGUUGCAGGUACAGAGAGACAGUACAGGCUGGAGAAAAAACUUGUACGCUGGGUACAGGAUAUCACUCAUAACAUGGGCGGCUUGCGCAGUGCGGCUCUCCUGCAAUUUCAGCUGCUAAAGCAAACCAAACUUGCCAGGCCGAUGCAGUACAAUAGCGAAGCAGCCGAUAUAAACGGGAUGUACCGAGGCUCAUUACCUAGUCCAUGGUCACUACAUGAGGAACGGCCAAUUUUGGAGCCGAUAGAUGAGAGGCCAGAAGAAGAAAUCUUGGAUUCGGACAGAAAUAGGCCUUAUUCAAGUCCGGGAAGAGAUACUUCUAAUUCAGAACCUGAUCACGUUCUUCUUCCUGCGGAUAUUUUCGCAUUAUUUAUAGGUCAUUUAGGGCCUUCGAUGAGAUCGCUUGCAUUCACUUUGAAAGAGAUUUUCAAGGAGAUCCCUUUCAAACCUGCACCGGAUUACAGGAUCGCAAUCAAUAGUAGGUUCCGCACCAGUCUUGACCGGGCACUUGAUCUAUAUCGAGGAUCCCGAGAAGAGGCAUUGAAGACUAUAUAUCGACAGAAGGACGUCCUAAAUAUCCAGACCCUUGAAGUUGAAGCGGACCUUGAGGAAGUUGCUGCCAGUUGCGGCCAUUUUAGUUUUUCGCUUUUGGAGUUCGGUGAGCAGCUGAAGGAUCUGUUAGCAAUACUUGAUGAACUGCAGCUUGAAGCUGAGGAGAGGCCCAAUGGCAGAUCCUGGAACUGGUUGAGGUUUUGGUGUCGACGAAAUGCUUGGGUAAAAACAAAGGAUGCCGAUCAUCCAUUGAUUGAAGCAGGUUUCGUACAACGAGGUGUUGGAUCUCAAUUGGAGGUCGGCAACGCUGAGCCACACGGUAAAAUAUCGUUAUCAUCCCUCCAUCCAGGAAACGUGUCGGGGAAAAAGGGCUUCGUUUAUCGUAUCUGGAAGUCACUCAAGAUCCUUCGACGGGAUGAUACCAAGUUUGCUAUCAAAGUGGGCACAGGUGCGGCGCUCUAUGCUUUGCCGUCAUUUCUCCCGUCUACGAGACCGUUUUACUCUCACUGGAGAGGCGAAUGGGGUCUUUUGUCGUAUAUGCUAGUUUGUUCGAUGACCAUCGGUGCUUCAAACACCACCGGAUAUGCCCGUUUUUUGGGUACCUGCCUAGGGGCACUCUGCGCCGUCGUUUCGUGGUACGUGACAGGUGGGAAUAUGUAUGGCCUCGCAUCUGUGGGGCUAUUCAUGGCUACGUGGACAUCGUAUCUCAUAAUAGUCAAAGGGCAGGGUCCGAUGGGCCGCUUCAUCAUGCUUACUUACAACCUCUCGGUAUUGUACGCGUACUCCCUCAGCCAGAAGGAAGGGAAUGAUGACCAGGAUGAAGGAGGAGAGAGUCCGAUUAUAACCGAGAUAGCUCUCCAUCGUGUUGCAUCUGUUCUGUCUGGCUGUAUCUGGGGUAUUAUCAUCACACGGGUGAUUUGGCCUAUCAGCGCUAGGACGAGAUUGAAGGAUGGUCUAAGUCUUCUAUGGCUUCGAAUGAGUCUGCUCUGGAAACGCGGCCCAUUGUCUACCAUGACCAGCAAUACAGAUAAUUCGGUUUUCAUGAGCCCAAGGGAGAAACUGGAGAUUGAACGAUUCCUUUCGCGCUUGGAGACUCUUCAGGCGUCCGCCCGCUCCGAGUUUGAGCUGAAAAGCCCAUUCCCUGAUUUGGCGUACAGUAAUAUUCUCCGCCGCACAAGGAGUAUGGUGGACGCUUUUCUUGCAAUCAAUAUUGAGCUUGAUAAAAAUAUGACAUCAUCCGAAGGCGAACUUAGUAUCCUCCAAUAUACCGACAAGGAACGACAACAAUUGUCGUCGCGCAUCAGCCAUCUAUUGACAGUAAUGGCUUCUUCUAUGAAGCUCGAGUACCCGCUAAGCGACGUCCUUCCCAGCAUUGAGCAUGCUCGAGACCGGCUUCUUGCCCGCCUUUUCCACUAUCGCAAGGACCAUGAAGCAUCCCGCCUGUCUACAGACGAGGAUUAUGCGUUAUUGUAUGCUUAUAUUUUAGUAACUGGCCAAUUGUCGACGGAGAUUGAGGGAAUCAUGGCGGAAAUCAGCUGGCUGUUUGGAGUCCUCGACGAAGAUAUUGUGAAGCUAUAUGAUUAG